AUGGGCGGUGGUGACAAAACGACUUUGGCCUUGGCUUUAUGUGAUGAUCCCCACAUCAAAGGUUGUUUCGCAAAUAUAGUUUUCAUCACUGUUUCACAAUCCCCAAAUCUGAAGGGAAUUUUAAAGAUUUUAUGGGAGAAGAUCUUUGGGAAGAAUGUAGCUGAGUUUCAGAAUGUGGAAGAUGCACGUAUGGAGCUUCAGCAGCGGUUUUUAAGGCAGUCUAAACCAACUUUGGUGGUGUUGGAUGAUGUUUGGUCCAGAGCUGAUUUGGAAAUAUUACUAUUUGAAGCUCCAGGAUACAAAACCCUCAUCACAACCAGAGAUACUUCUACCAUCCCCAGAAACGCAUCUACUCGGCUGUAUCAAUGGCCAUUGUUAAACAAAGAGGAUUCUCUCUCUUUUUUCUGCUUAUCGGCAUUUGGACAGACAUCAAUUCCAAGUACGGCAGAUGCAAAUCUAGUCACAGAGGUGCAAGCCGAACCUGGAGUUUUAGCUCAAAUUAUUUUAAAGCAAAGAGCGAAUGUGGAGUUUCUCAAGACAAGCCUGAUAAAGCGAGUUUAG